AACAGAGCAGCAGAAAAGGCAGCUCCUCUUCUCUGGUUCCCUGUCUCCCUGUCCCCACCUCUCCCUCCCUUCCUCAGGCAUCAGACAGCAUAGAACCCAGUUCGCCAGGCUCAUCGUUAGAGGCCCUGCCAUGUCAUCUCCAAGGCCCCUUCUGGUGCUGGCCCUGCUGGCAUGGGUUGUUCUGGCCGACCAAGAAUCAUGCAAGGACCGCUGCACUGAGGGUUUCAACGCCGACAGGAAGUGUCAGUGUGAUGAGCUCUGCUCUUACUACCAGAGCUGCUGCGCCGACUACAUGGCUGAGUGCAAGCCCCAAGUGACUCGCGGGGAUGUGUUCACUCGGCCAGAAGACGAUUAUGGGGUCUACGACUACCAUGAGGAGAGCAGUGUCCACGCACAACCAGCGAGCUCCACCCUCAGCUCUGACCUACAGGCCCAGACUGAAAGGACUCCUGAGCAGGCAGCUGUUCUGAACCCAGAAAAAGUGCAGGGGCCCUCAGAGCCUACAGUGAGGCCUGCGAGCUCUGCUCACGGGACCUCCGAGUCCUCAGCAGAGGAGCUGUGCAGUGGGAAGCCCUUUGAUGCCUUCACUGACCUCAAGAACGGUUCCAUUUUUGCCUUCCGAGGACAGUACUGCUAUGAGCUGGAUGAAAAGGCAGUGAAGUCUGGGUACCCCAAGCUCAUCCAAGACGUCUGGGGCAUCGAGGGGCCCAUUGAUGCUGCCUUCACCCGCAUCAACUGUCAGGGGAAGACCUACCUCUUCAAGGGUAGUCAGUACUGGCGCUUUGAGGAUGGUGUCCUGGACCCCGAUUACCCUCGCGACAUCUCUGUUGGCUUCACGGGCAUUCCUGACAAUGUGGACGCAGCCUUGGCCCUCCCAGCUCACAGCUACAGUGGCCGGGAGCGGGUCUACUUCUUCAAGGGGAAACAAUACUGGGAAUACGAGUUCCAGGAGCAGCCCAGUCGGGAGGAGUGUGAAGGCAGUUCCCUGUCAGCUGUGUUUGAACACUUUGCCCUGCUGCAGAGGAACAACUGGGAAGACAUCUUUGAGCUUCUGUUCUGGGGCAGACCCUCUGAUGGUGCCGGGCAGCCCCAGCUCAUCAGUGAGGACUGGCCUGGUGUGCCGGAUCAGGUGGACGCAGCCAUGGCUGGCCGGAUCUACAUCUCAGGCUACGCUCCCCGUUCCUCCUGGGCCAAGAAUGUGAAGUCUAAGCAUCGCAGCCGUAAACACUAUGGCUCACGGAGUGGGCGUGGGCGUGGCGGUGGCCGCAGCCAGAAGCGCCAUCGGAAAUCACGUUCACUCUGGCUGUCCCUGUUCUCCAGUGAGGAGAGUGGCCUAGGAGACUAUAUGUAUGAUAAUAACUACGAUACAGACUGGCUUGUGCCUUCCACCUGCGAGCCCAUCCAGAGUGUCUACUUCUUCUCAGGAGACAAGUACUACCGCGUUAACCUUCGCACACGGCGAGUGGACAGUGUGAGCCCUCCCUACCCACGAGACAUCGCCCAGUACUGGUUGGGCUGCCCAGCCCCUGGCCACCUGUAGGAGAGGAGUUUGAGCCCACACAGCUGGGCCCUCUGCGGCUCCCUCCUUCGACCUCCUCCUCCCAGCUCAAUAAAGAUGUCUUGGCCCUGA